AAUGUCUGAAGAACAUUAAGAAUUUGAAGGUUAAGAAGGUUAAGAAGGUUAAGUAGGAUAAGAAGGAUAAGAAGAAAUGCAUGAGGGAUAAACUGAAUAAUAAUAACAAUAAUAACAAUAAUAAACUCAAACUUAACAAAAAUAAAAGCCUGUAGUCCCUAAAAGUGAUCCUCCUCCAGAGGGAGCAAUCAUUUUUGAUUUUGAGGUUUGUAUGGAUUGUGCUUCUCAUGCUUGGUGUACUCAUCAUGAUGAAAAUAAAUACACAUAAUUGUAUUUGGAUUGCAUGACAGGUAUACAAUAUAUAAAUAAAUCUAGAAAUUAAUGCAUAAAUUCCAAAUUCCUAUUGCACAUAUAAUGCUAAGAAAAAACCCUCAACUGGAGCUUUUGAAAUAUCUCAUAAAGGUAAACAGUUAUAUAAAUGAAUAGGCCAUAUUAUUUUUUCAAAGAAAAACUCUUAGCUCUUUCCAUAACCUAAAUUGUUACCUGAAAGAAUUAGAUAAUUCUUAGAUGAUUUGGAAAAUAAAAGAGAUGUUGCUAAAUGGGCUACAAAAAAAGAGAAAAAAUAAGAGUAACCAAGACAAAUCAAGGAAAGACCUACCUUUUAAACAUACAUGAAACAAAGAGAAGAAUAAGAGAGAUUAGCAAGAGAAUAAAAACAAAAAUAGGAGGAAGAAGCUAGAAUGAAAUAAGAAUAAGAAGAAAGAGAUAGAUAAGAAAGAGAAAGAUAAGAAGAGGAAUAAAGGAAAAUUGAAGAAGAGAAAAGAAAACAAGAAGAAUAAAGAUAAGCUGAAGAAAAGGCAGCUGCAGAGGAAAAGGCUAGAUAAGAAUAAGAAUAAAAAGAUCUUGAAUAAUAAUAAGAAGAAGCUAAUAAAUAAAACCAAGAGUAAGAAUAAUAAUAAGAUGGAGAAAAAUAACCAGAAUGAU